UGUGACAGCUGUCAAACGUACACCAAUCACAAUACCUCUUGCAAUGUUUAAAUUAAAUAUUGUUUUAAAAUAAAUUAACAUUAAAUAUGUAAGUGCAUUGUUCAAUUUUAUUCAAUAUUUUAAAAUGAGUGAUAAUUUGGAUGAGGAACUGAUGGACGCAGUUCUAACUAAUAGUUUUACGGAGAUACCUAUCUUACUAGAUAGAGGUGCAGAUCCUUGCCGAAUAUGUUCUUCUGGACGGACUGCACUUGGGACCGCUGCACAGCAAGGAGAUGUAAUCCUAAUAGAAAUUCUAUUGGACUGGUGCAAAAUACCUAAUGAGAGAAAAGCCACUUACAGAAGGAAUUUGAAAUCUAAAAAACAUCAUCCAAACGUUAACCAAGGAUAUUAUAUAAUGGUACAUGAUAACAAUGACAAUUCUGCAAAUGUUACCCCGGAAGGAAUGGAAGCUAUGGCAUGGGAUGAAGAAUUACAAAAUAAUUCACUAGGCGAAGCAGCCUCAAAUAAAACAGAAGAUGAAUGGGCAUCACUGUAUCGGUGGUAUGCAUGUAUAUUGGAAAGGACUGCAACUUUAAUAGAAACCGGUGGCCCAGAAUAUAAACCUGAUUCACUUGACGCUUUUCGAAAGAGUCCAAUGCACUAUGCUGCUGAGCAGGGCCACUCAGAUGUAAUUAAAUUAUUAGUGCGCGCAGGUAUUAAUGUAGAUCCAAUAGAAGUAGAUGUGAAUACCCCUCUUCAUAUAGCUACUUCUAAUAAUCAUACUAAAGCAAUGCUAACAUUGCUUGAAGCUGGUGCAUUGCCUAAUAAAAAAUCAAUUGAUAAAAAUACUGCUCUUCAUAUUGCUGCUAGUCGAGGUUUCAAAAAUGCGUGUGAAAUUUUGUUGAGAUUUGGUGCAUCCGUCGAUGCACUGGAUAGUUCUGACAGAACACCCUUGUUACUGGCUGUAAACCGAGGCCAUGAAAACGUUGUUGAGAUACUUAUAAAUAGAGGUGCACGAGUUAAUGCUGAAGAAAUACAUGGUUACACACCAUUAUGUGAAGCUGUAUGGCAACAAAAUGCCAAUAUCGUUUCAAAAUUGCUAUCCAAUGGAGCCAGAGUAACACAAUCCCAUAGAUUAUUACAUUAUUGCGCACACAAUCGUUGUGUAUCAAUUGCUAAAAUGCUUUUGCAACAUGGAAGUGUAUCUAAUUUACGUGAUGAUACUGGAGAUACGCCAUUAUUAAUAGCGGCAAGAACAGCACAACUGGAUUUUGUAGAAUUACUUCUCCAAAAUGGAGCAUCGGCAACAUGUAGGCACGGUAUAACUGGUAGCACAGCACUGCAUGAGGCUGUUGAGGGAUGCUGCACUGCUGUAGAAGUAUUUCACAGAAUUUUAUGUACACUCAGAAAUUAUGGUGCAAACUUAAAUGCACAGACAUUAUGUGGUGGCGAAACUGCACUGUAUCGAGCUUUGCUGAGUGACUAUGAUGAUAUAGCUGAGGUACUAAUAAAAGAAGGCGCUGAUGUUGAAGUGUGUGAUUUGCAAAUGUGUAUUGUGGAUAAUUUAACUCUCGCUCAAAAGAGAGGAAAUUUGCGUAUAGUUAAAUUACUAGUUUAUUCUGGAUUUACCUUAAGAACGCUAAGACCUUCAACAACCCAAAAGAUUGAAUAUCCGCAAGCUUGGGAGCACUCAGAGAAUCCAUCUGAUUGGUUGCUUUUCACAUCUACACGUCCCCUUUCUUUGGCUGCAUUGUGCAGAAUUAAAAUACGACAAAUGCUAGGUCCAAACGGCCAAAAUUUGCACAAGAUUAGGCAGUUAGGAUUUCCUAGAUGUAUAGAAAACUAUUUGUUCUUGAAUGACAUAUGAUGGGGGGCUAUACAGGAUUAAAACUUGUGAUUAAUUAUUAAAGACAUCUAGAGAAUUAUCUUAGCUAUAUUUUCACUUACUGUUGUUUGAAACAAGAAAAGCCAAAGUCAUUGAGAACAUUGUCCAAGACUCAAAUUAUAUUUAUAUCCAGAGUAUUAUAUAUUUAAUUUAUAGAAAAUAGAUUAUUCCUU